AUGACCGAAUGCAUCGAGUUUCUAGCUACCUUGAGUUCCUUUCUGUUGGUCUUAAUCACCCUUCCGUUUUCGCUCUGUUUCACAUUUAAAAUAGUCCACGAAUACGAAAGAGCCGUGGUAUUUCGAAUGGGUCGUUUAAAAGGUGGUGCUCGCGGUCCAGGAACGUUUUUUGCGCUUCCUUGUGUGGAUAACUGCAUCCUUGUGGAUUUAAGGACCGUAUCAUUUGAUGUUCCACCACAAGAAGUACUUACGAAAGAUUCAGUAACCGUCAGUGUAGAUGCUGUCGUCUAUUACAGAAUAAAAGAACCCUUAAAUGCUGUCAUAAAAAUAGCGGACUACAGCUACUCCACAAGAUUAUUGGCAGCAAGUACAUUACGCACUGUACUUGGAACGAGAAGUCUCGCUGAGAUUCUGGCCGAGCGAGAAACAAUUUCUCACACCAUCCAAAUGUCCCUUGACGAAGCCACGGAUCCAUGGGGCGUCGAGGUAGAGCGAGUUGAGAUAAAAGAAGUUCUACUCCCACUACAAUUGCAACGAUCCAUGGCAGCAGAAGCGGAAGCCGUCAGAGAAGCAAAAGCUAAAGUGAUUGCAGCUGAAGGAGAAAUGCGAGCUUCCCGGGCAUUGAAGGAUGCUAGUGAUGUCAUUUCCAUGAGUCCUGCAGCUCUACAGUUAAGAUGUCUGCAAACUUUAUUUAAUAUCUCUGCAAAAAAGAACUCGACAAUUAUUUUUCCAUUUCCAUUGGAAUUGCCCGCUUCAUUUCUCACUUUUAGACAAGGAUCGCAGUCGUAA